AUGGAACGACCCCAGGACGAGCUCGGGCUGGAAGGCGGCGGCCGGGGCUUUAACUCGGCAGGAAGGAUACGGGAACGCCGCUCCGGCGGGGCGACGCCGAGCCCGGGCUGCCCCGAAACUUCCCGCUCCGAGAAGGGCCGGCGCCGCGGGACACUGCUGCAGCGCCUGGCCGGCCCGCAGCAAAGCGCCGUGCGGAGCGGGGCACGGCCGGGCCGCUCCGGCCAUUCGGAGUCGGAGAACGAAGCCAAAGGAAGAUCCCCGUCUAAAAGGCCCGUCUGGGUGGAUGAAGAUGACGAAGCCGAGGAAAGGGUUGACAUGACCCACAGGUACAGGAGGGAGCUGAUGAAAAGCGAUGCCGAGAAGACACUUACUAAGAAAAAGCUAAAAGCACGACUUGAAGAGCAAUUUCAGCAAGCUAUGGGAGGAGUUCCUGCAUGGGCUGAUAGAGAAAACAGGAAGAAAUCCAAGCAAGCUACAAGUGAUAGUGGUAGUGAUGAAGAUGAUGAUCUGCUGUGCAGAACUGGCAAUUUCAUAUCAAGCUCAGAAUCCCUGCCAAGAGGUAUUUUGGAGAUGAAGAGCUGCUUGCCUGCUAAUCAGGAACGUCUUGCUGAUGGAAGACUGUCAACCGUGCAGUUCCAUCCAUCUGCUCAAGUUGUUCUGACUGCUGGCUUCGAUCGAUCAGUGUCACUCUUUGAGGUUGACGGCAUAAGGAAUCCAAAAAUACAGAGCAUCUAUUUAGAGAGUUUUCCAAUCUAUAAAGCUCGCUUCAGUGCUGAUGGAGAACAGGUUAUAGCCACUGGUACUCACCAUAAAGUGUUCUACGUGUAUGACAUGAUGGGUGGAAGUAUUAUUCCUGUACAUCAAGUAAGAGGUAUGGAGGAAAAACUUGUCAAAAACUUUGAAGUCUCUCCAGAUGGAUCGUUUAUGCUUCUCACUGGAACUUCAGGAUAUCUUCACUUGCUGUCAAUGAAGACAAAAGAACUGAUCAGCUCUAUGAAGAUAAAUGGAAGAAACGCCGCAUCUGCUUUCACUUCAGACGGCAGUAAAAUAUAUAGCUAUUCCAAGGAAGGUGAAGUUUUCAUCUGGGAUGUGAGAAGCAGGAAGUGCCUGCACAAAUUUGAAGAUGAGGGCUCUUUGGAAGGAAAGUGUAUUGCAAUUUCAAGAAAUAACCAGUAUGUGGCGUGUGGUUCAGUUUCUGGAGUUGUGAACUUGUACAGCACUGAUGUUUGUCUCAAGGAAAAUCGUCCUAAGCCAGUUAAAGCCAUAAUGAACCUCGUUACCUCUGCUACGACCGUGACCUUCAAUCCUACCACAGAGAUCUUGGCUGUGGCUUCCAAUGAAGCCGAUGAGGCUGUCAAAUUGGUACACAUUCCAUCAUAUACUGUAUUCUCAAACUUCCCAGUGUUCAGAAGAAAGAAAAUUUAUCUUACUCAAUCUAUGGACUUUUCUCCUAGAAGUGGAUUUUUCUCUAUAGCAAACAACAAAGGCAAAGCUUUGUUGUAUAGGUUGAAACAUUAUUCAGAUUUCUAGAAGAUCCAGGAGAAAAUAGACUAGCAUCUCAGGCAUUGUAACCUGCAACUACAAGUAUGCUGACAAAAUCAAGCAAACCACUUGCAAUGGAAGUUGAACAAUAUUAAUAUAACGUCUGUGAUUUGUGAAUGUUUUUUCUUAAUAAAUGUACCUGAUAAAUUUC